UGAAGAUCCAGACUGCAGCUGACGUCAGAGGCGUGUGGUAUAAAAGCAGAGCAGACACAGACACAGACACACACUCAGAACCUCAGAUCUGUUGCCCUGCUCAGACGCAGACCCUGAACAUGCUGUGGAGUCUCUGCUUCAGCUGUUUCUUCUAUCUGCACAGCGCUCUGGUUUCUGCUCAAGGAAUAUCUAGAGAUGGAGAGAUUAUCAAACAGAUUAAAGGCACAAACCAGGAGCUUGCUGAAAUCAAAGAACUACUCAAGCAACAGAUACAGGAAAUAGUUUUCCUGAAGAACACGGUUAUGGAGUGUGAAGCCUGCAUGAGACCAGCAGAUCUGCAGCCUUCAUGUGAUCCCAACCCCUGCCACUCUGGUGUGGAAUGCAUUGUUACACCCAACGGCAUCAAGUGUGGCGCAUGCCCAGCAGGCAUGACGGGAGAUGGAACUCACUGUGAGGACGUUGACGAGUGUACUGUAAUCCCAUGUCACAUGGGGGUGAGAUGCAUUAACACAUCACCUGGGUUUCGCUGUGGCCCCUGUCCUGCUGGGUACACGGGUCAACAGGUGCAGGGGGUUGGAAUCCCCUAUGCAUCGGCUAAUAAACAGGUCUGCACAGACAUUAACGAGUGCGCGAAUUCAAAUGGAGGCUGCGUGGAGAACUCUAACUGCAUCAACACACCGGGUUCUUUUCGCUGUGGCCGCUGUAAUGCUGGUUUUGUUGGGGAUCAGGUCAAAGGGUGCAAAGCCGAGCGGACAUGUGGUAACGGUCAGCCCAAUCCAUGCCAUGCCAGUGCAGAAUGCAUUGUUCACCGUGAUGGACAGAUUGAGUGUGCAUGUGGCGUUGGAUGGGCUGGGAAUGGAUACUUAUGUGGAACUGACACCGAUAUCGAUGGCUUCCCUGAUGAAAAGUUGGAAUGUGUGGAAAGAAACUGUGCAAAGGACAACUGCCUCACUGUUCCAAACUCUGGCCAAGAGGAUGCCGACAAGGAUAACAUUGGUGAUGCAUGCGAUGAUGAUGCUGAUGGCGAUGGGAUUCUCAACAUAGAGGACAACUGUGUGCUCGUCCCUAACGUCAAUCAGAAGAACACUGAUCAGGAUGAUUAUGGAGAUGCUUGUGAUAACUGCCGUCUGGUGAAAAACAACGACCAGAAGGACACAGAUGCUGACGGUCAGGGUGACGAAUGCGAUGACGACAUUGAUGGGGACGGAAUCAAAAACGAUAAUGACAACUGCAAAAAGGUGCCAAACCGUGACCAGAAGGAUCGAGAUGGAGAUAAUGUCGGCGACGCCUGUGACAGCUGUCCCUACAUCCGCAAUCCUGAUCAGACGGAUGUGGAUAAUGACUUGAUUGGUGAUCCUUGUGACACCAACAAAGACAGUGAUGGAGAUGGCCAUCAGGACUCUCGAGACAACUGUCCUGCAGUUAUCAAUAGUUCCCAGCUGGACACGGACAAGGAUGGCAUCGGAGAUGAAUGUGAUGACGAUGAUGACAAUGAUGGCAUUCCCGAUCUUCUUCCACCCGGUCCAGACAACUGCCGAUUGGUUCCAAACCCGCUACAGGAAGACAUUGAUGGUGAUGGGAUUGGAAACGUUUGUGAGAAUGACUUUGACAACGACACAUUUAGUGACAUCAUUGACGUUUGUCCUGAGAACGCGGAGGUCACUCUCACUGACUUCAGAACCUAUCAGACCGUGGUUUUAGACCCAGAGGGUGAUGCACAGAUUGAUCCAAACUGGGUGGUCCUCAAUCAGGGAAGAGAGAUUGUUCAGACCAUGAACAGUGACCCUGGACUAGCUGUGGGCUAUACCGCGUUUAAUGGAGUGGACUUCGAGGGAACGUUUCAUGUGAACACUGAGACAGAUGAUGACUAUGCAGGGUUUAUUUUUGGCUAUCAAGACAGCUCAAGCUUCUACGUGGUGAUGUGGAAGCAAGUGGAGCAGAUUUACUGGCAGGCUAAUCCUUUCAGAGCUGUAGCUGAGCCUGGUAUCCAGCUGAAGGCAGUGAAAUCAGACACAGGACCUGGAGAAAACCUGCGGAACUCACUCUGGCACACAGGUGACUCCACCAACCAGGUGAAACUGUUGUGGAAAGAUUCCAGAAAUGUUGGCUGGAAAGACAAGACCUCCUACCGCUGGUUCCUGCAGCACAGACCGCAAGAAGGCUACAUUAGGGUUCGCUUUUAUGAAGGUCAGCAGAUGGUGGCAGACACAGGAGUUAUUAUCGACGCAACCAUGAGAGGAGGAAGGCUGGGAGUUUUCUGCUUUUCUCAGGAGAACAUAAUCUGGGCCAACCUGCGCUACAGAUGCAACGAUACAAUCCCUGAGGAUUUUGAGACAUUCAGAACCCAGCAAAUCCAGCUUUUUUAAAGCCAAACUCAUCACCAUCAAAUUUCAAGAUUUUUUUUUUUUUUUACAAUCUUAAUGAAUGUUUGUUUGGUGAAUUUCGUCAUGUGUGACAUAUUUUAUACUUCAUUUUUUAAAUGUAUUGAACAAUACCAGGUUUCCUCAAAAAAACCCAAAUGGCAGACAGAUGCUGCAUUAACACUGAGAUCACAGACAUCAGGAUUUAAAUAUAUAGAUAUAUGUAUUUUAAAAACACGUACAGAAAUACAGGUAACAAAAUAUAAAUGAUAUAACAAGAAGGCUCUGAUAUAUGCAGCGGAGACAUCAUGCACAUCCAUAUUUAGUAUACUUCUUUUUUCUGAAAAUGGAAAAGGACCAGCAAAACGACAAAAAGACGAAAUCAGUUCCUUCUACAAUCACUUACCACAAAUAAGAGACAAAGAUGACCACACCAGCACAGCAACUACAGAAGUGGCCCAAAGAAAGCUCUAGACGACCACAAAUUAUAUGUCCUAAUAUACCGUUAAUUCCAAUAAAGAGCGAGAGCUGUGCUCGCGUAAUGAAAGAUCACAAAGAUUUGAUGCACAUUCUGUAAUCUAACACUCUCAUGAGAGGUUUACCUUUAAUACUCAUUAAACCUGCUUUAAGUGAAAUGUCAGUCGACAAAAUUAAAAAUAUAUAUAUAUCGUCUUUACAGAAAUCAUAGAUGGCACUUAGUUAAUGCUAAUGCUAUGAGUUAAAGAAACACCACUUUUAUUUUUGCAAACAGGCUGCUUUUACAACUCCCCUAGAAUUAAAGAGUUCAGUUUGAGCAUUUUUGAAUACAUUUAGCCAGUCUCUGAGCCUGGCGGGAACACCUUUAGCUUAGCUUAGCAUAGAUCAUUGAAUCAGAUUGGACCAUUAGCAUCUCGCUCAAAUUUAAAAAAAAGAAAUAUGCUUGAAUACUGUUACACAAGCUAUGUUUCCAUCUAAAAAUGCUAAAAAGAAAUUUGCGGAAAACUGGAAUAUCGAAUGAAAGACGUGCAAAUAAAGCAGCGUUUCCAUCCAACAAAUCAAAGCAAACAAAAUCGUCACUUCUUGAUAAACUGGUACCAAAUAUCAACAGUACAAACUGAAUUUACUGCAGUAGGAGAAGCUGUGUGAAUCUUUUCUUCAUUUAAUGACUUGCCUCAGAAGGCAAUAACACGAAAUGAAUGCGUGGUGGCGUUCAAAGGUGCGUUUGAAGUGUUUCCAUCGUAGUUUAAGCAAAUCUUUUCUUAUUGAAUUAAAGUUUAUCCUACUCAGUUAUGUUCAAAUGAUUUUUAUUCACAUUUUCAAAAUGUAUGCGCAUCUUUGCAUUUCCAUCAACCGUUUAUUAAUGUGCAUAUUCAAAAUCCGCAUAAAAAUGUGGAUGGAAACGUUGCUAUUGUGUGCUAUUUUAUUGGUCGAUAUGGCUAGGAACUAUAAUCUCAUUUUUGAGCCAGAUGCUAAUGGUCUAAUCUAAUUCAAUUGAUUAUGCUAAGCAAAGCUAAUAGUGAUCUUGCCAGACCUGCUGUUCGGCAAAUAUUGCAGUAAUUUAGAGUAAACUAACCACUCAAUCAGUCAUUUUUGGCCAUCAAAAAAUUUUAAAUUUGAUAAAAGGCAGGUAAAAUUUUUAAAUAAAAUAUAAUUAUUAUAAAAAAUCUUUGAUAUUCCAUGACUUGGACAAAAAAAUUUAAUUCCCUGAUUUUAAAUGUAAAAAAAUGCUUCAAAUAUUACAGUAAAUUUUAAGAAAAAUCAGGUAUUUUCCAUCGUAGUUUAAGCGCAUCUUUUCGAAUAAAAAGUUUAUUUUACUCAGUUAUGCGCAUACGUUUUUCAUGUGCAUUUUCUACAUUUUUAUGCAUCUUGGCAUUUUUAUCCACCAUUUUUUUUAAUGCGCUUAUUUAAAAUCUGCAUAAAAAUGGGUGGAUGGAAACUUAGCUAUUGUGUGCUAUUUUCUAGGUGGAUAUGGCUAGGAACUAUACUCUCAUUCUGGCAUACGAAACAAGGAACUUUGCUGCCAUAUCAUGGCUUCAGCAGGCGCAUAUUACAAGUUCCUUGUUCUUAUUAUGAUGGAACUACAGUAUAGUUCAUAGCCAUAUUAGCCAAGAAAAUAGGAACUUUUCAUUUUCUGUCACACUUAAACCACGGUCACGUUGUACUUUUCAAUCCAUAGACUUUCAUUUAUACGCAGGCAAAUGCGUCAGACUGGAAACGAAAGCUUUUGCGACAAGUUUCGCAGUUUGCUUUAUUGCAAAGUUCAAGCUUGAUGAACUCUGACCUGCGACAACGCAUCACUUGACUGCAUGAAACCAAUCAAAAUUCAAAAUAUGACCUCUCUGUACAGAAAUUAAAAAUUUGGAGCAAUCGCUCGCUUUUAAAACGUCUAAACAUCUUGUUUAAGUCCCGCCCCUUUCCGUAGCACUGUGCGACAGAACUUGGCAUGCUCAAACUCUAGUGUGAUUUAAGUAGAUUAGUACUCGAUGUAACUUAAGAAGGGUCAAGCUAUACAUAGUUAGAUUAUCAAAACUCUUUUUGAAAUUUUUGAGCGAGAUGCUAACGGUCUAAUCUGAUUCAAUUGAAUAUGCUAAGCUAAGCUAAUAGUGCUCUUGUCAGACCCACAGAUUGGCUAAAUGGAUUCAAACAUAAUAAAACUUCAGUGAAGUUGUAAAAUUUGCAUUUUCAAAAAAAAAAAAAACAGUUUCAUUAAAAGGAAGGAGUGUUAUAUCGAUCAACGCUAGCUAUCCUAUGGGUCACUACUACUAUUAUGUUUUGUUUUUUGUUUUUUUAUUAAGAAAUACAUCCCGUUUAGUCAACUACGUCCUUAUUAGUCUUAAUGGUACGGACAUGGUAACUAACUGCUCAGCAGUUCUAUUAAGGCUUAAAGGGGAAUUUACGCUAAAGGGGGUUUGCUCACACAAAUAACCAGAACAGUUAACAAUUCCAACAUACACAGAAGUGCUGUUAGCUAAAACCGCUUCAGAAACGCCCCGAACAGGCAGUUUGGCUGCAUGCUAAAUCAACAACAGAUUAUUUGACCAAUAAACACGUGCAGUCUGCCCACAUCUCCAAAUGUUUCGCACGUUAAAGCAACAAACAGACUGAGCCCUUUUUUUUCGGUUUGCAUUGGGAAGUCACACAUAUACGCUUCCAGAAUUGUUUUCCCUCUGAAUUAUCAGUGCAGUACAGAGAACAGUACACAAAAAACGCACCAUCACGAUAAACCGGGGAAGAAAAACGCAUGUACAGUUGAAAAAAUACGCAUCCUCGUAAGGUAAAACAGUCCAAGUUUCUGAAGCCAAAGAUUCUGAAGAAAUGCACAUACAUCAGUAUGAAAGCUGCCAUAUCUUUCUGACAGGAUUUGAAAUGAAAACCCAAGAUGCAGUGAGCAUGAGGAGGGGGAAUGACCCAAACGAACAUAUUAAACAUGCUACAAUCGUGAGGAAAUAAAUCAGAAAUGCUACUGUGACCAGAAAGAAAGAGCAACAUAACAGAUCGGUGCUUUGGUCAAGCAUUCUCAAGCAGAUCAUUUGGUGUAAUGCACUAAUACGGAGCCCCAUAAAUAUAUUCCGUUUCUAAACAUGAUCACAGACAGUAAAAUGACACCACUAGCAUUAACUAAUACAUGCACUGUGUCUGGGGGUCUAUACUGUUUUAUGUGCAGUGAAUCUUUUUUUUGUUUUUUGUUUUAGCCAAGCUAAUGAAGACCUCGUACCAAAUAAAAAGCUAACG